AUGUGUUUACUAGUAAGUCCGUAGGUAAUUUAUACGUAACAAGCUUUGAGUGAAGAAUAUUAACAAAGCAAAAAACGUUUGCAAAAUUAAAAAGGAAACGCCAAUGUGAAAAUACUCUUUUUUUCCUUAGCUAUUAAUCAGUUACCCAUCAGGUAAUGUUGCUAUCCUCAUUAGCUACGUAAAAGAAUUUCAGUUCACAUACAUCGUUCUACAGGACAACCUGUCAUACGAAAUGCAGGCCUGCUUUGCAAAUCAGGGCUUUGCAGUAUGCUACCACCGUAACGGGAAGAUCUGGUAAGUGGAAAGGAAGCAUUCAGACAUUUUUCUAUGAAAUCGGGGAAAGUCUAGGCCAUAGGUAGGCAAACUAAGGCCUGGGGGGCUAGACCUGGCCCAAUCGCCUUCUAAAUCUGGCCCGCAGACGGUCCAGGAAUCAGCGUGUUUUUACAUGAGCAGAAUGUGUGCUUUUACUUAAAAUGCAUCUCUGGGUUAUUUGUGGGGCAUAGGAAUUCAUUCAUCCCCCCCCCCAAUUUAGCCCGGCCCCCCACAAGGUCUGAGGAACAGUGGACCGGCCCCCUGCUGAAAAAUUUGCUGACCCUUGGUCUAGGCCAGGGCUUCCCAAAACUACCGUAUUUUUCGCUCUAAAAGACGCACCAGACCACAAGACGCACCUAGUUUUUGGGGGAGGAAAACAAGGAAAAAAAAUAUUCUGAAUCUCAGAAGCCACAACAGCAAGAGGAAUCGCUGCGGAGUGAAAGCAGCAAUCCCUCUUGCUGUUCUGGCUUCUGGGAUAGCUGCACAGCCUGCAUUCGCUCCAUAAGACGCGCACACAUUUCCCCUUACUUUUUAGGAGGGAAAAAGUGAGUCUAAUAGAGCAAAAAAUACGGUGUGUUUGGACUACAAUUCCCACCAUCCCUGACCACUGGUCCUGCUAGCUAGGGAUGAUGGGACUUGUAGUCCCAAAAAACAGCUGGUGGCCCAAGUUUGGGAAACCCCAGUCUAGGUUUUUGUAGGAUAACUUAUUUAACUGUAAUGGCCUAAGCUGGGAAAAGGCGUUCCUGGCUACCGUUGAUCCCUUUGCUUGAAUAGGCAGCGCUUAGUCCAGAAAAGCUUCCAAACUGCCAAUGUGGUCCUUCAGGUGGGAUGCAGCCCUGUCCAGAACAGGUAGCACUUCCCUGCCCUGGACCCUGUUCCCUUAUCGCAGUACCUUCUUUUUCAGGAUUAAUCUUCAGUUUGUCCUCUUAAUCCAUCACCAAACUGCUUGCAGGCAGCUUAGUUCAGGAGUUGUACAGCCUCCCCGGGAUUUGUACGUAGAAAACAGAGGAUAAAUGCCUGCAUGCAGACAUUUUUUAAAUGUUAAGUGGGGUUUCACCUAUGCAGCCCCAUCAGCGGAAGCCAUGCAAAAGGACUUUCAUUCAUGCAAUGGGACUUCUCCCCCCCCCUUUCCCCUGCCCUGCCCAAAAUUGGCUUGGGUCUGUGCGCGCAGAGAACCCCCAAAGCACAGGGCAAGGAGAGGGGAGCGGUAUUCCUUCCUUCAUGAAAGAGUGUCUCCACUCCCGUCGUUCAGCCCAGACACCGAAGUCCAGCACCGAUGGCCUUCUGGUAGUUCCCUCCCUGUGAGAAGUGGUUACAGGGAACCAGGCAGAGAGCCUUCUCAGUGGUGGCACCCUCCCUGUGGAAUGCCCUCCUGUCAGGUGUCAAGGAGAUAACUAUACAACUUUUAGAAGACAUCUGAAGGCAGCCCUAUUUAGGGAAGUUUUUAAUAUUUAAUGUUUUAUUGUGUUUUUAUAUUUGUAGCUGGGGCAACCCAGUCAGAUGGGUGGGGUAUAAAUAUUUAUUAUUAUUAUUAUUAUUAUUAUUAUUAUUAUUAUUACUUGCUUGCGCAGACAGAAUGUUUGUAAUAGCAUGACACUGUAUUCCACCCAGUGUAUGCUAGCAAAGUUGUGAGGCAGCGAAAAGUUUGUACAGUUGUACCUCAAAUGGAAUCCAUUCCAGAAGUCCGUUCAACUUCCAAAACAUUCGGAAACCAAGGCGCGGCUUCCAAUUGGCUGCAGGAAGCUCCUGCAGCUAAUCGGAACCCACCUCGGACGUUCGGGUUCCAAAGAACGUUCGCAAACUGGAACACUCACAAUGUUUGACUUGCAAGGCUUCCAAGGUAUGACUUGGAAAUAAAAUAUAUUGAGUGGAUACAUUGCAGCAGUUGAUGUACCGUGAGAAACAUAGUAAAGGUAAAGGGACCGCUGACCAUUAGGUCCAGUCGUGGCCGACUCUGGGGCUGCGGCGCUCAUCUCGCUUUAUUGGCCGAGGGAGCCGGCGUACAGCUUCCGGGUCAUGUGGCCAGCAUGACUAAGCCGCUUCUGGCGAACCAGAGCAGCGCACAGAAAUGCCGUUUACCUUCCCACCAGAGCAGUACCUAUUUAUCUACUUGCACUUUGAUGUGCUUUCGAACUGCUAGGUUGGCAGGAGCAGGGACCGAGCAACGGGAGUUCACCCCGUCGCGGGGAUUCAAACCGCCGACCUUCUGAUCAGCAAGUCCUAGGCUCUGUGGUUUAACCCACAGCGCCACCCGCGUCCCUGUGAGAAACAUACACUGUACCUAUUAAUAAGGUAUAUUGGAGAGAAUAGGCUUGCCUUCUGUUCUGCUGCCUCUCACAGAUUGCAAAACCUUCCUUUUGGAGAUUGAUUAGAGAUUGAUUAGAGACAGGGGAGAAGCGAAUGCUUUAAAACUACACUUUUAACCAGCUCAAAGCCAUUACGUGUCUCCUCCUUUGUCUCCUGCCAAAGGAUUCAGUCCUUGCUAUUUUCUGUCCAGCAAUAACACUCAGGAUGAAACGGUAAAAUCGGCUAUGAUUAAAUGGGCACAAGACGUUGGACAUAACAUUAUGUUUGCUGACUGGGAACAGUUGUGGACCACAGGUAUGAAAUUUACGGCAUGUAACGCCUUAAGAGAGAAUAUUAUGAAAAUGAUAUACAGGUGGUACAUAACCCCAGUCAAGCUUGCAAAAAUCUAUCAUUUGCCCGAUAAUAAAUGUUGGAAAUGUAAAGAAACUGAAGGUACAUUUUUUCACCUUUGGUGGACGUGCCCAAAGAUUAGGACUUUCUGGGAAAUGAUAUAUAAUGAAUUAAAAAAGGUUUUCAAAUAUACCUUCCCUAAGAAACCAGAGGCCUUUCUCCUGGGCAUGGUCGGCCAAAUGGUGAUAAAAAAGGAUAGAACUUUCUUUAUGUAUGCAACAACAGCAGCAAGAAUACUCAUCGCAAAGUAUUGGAAGACACAAGAACUUCCCACGCUGGAGGAAUGGCAGAUGAAACUGAUGGACUAUAUGGAACUGGCGGAAAUGACUGGUAGAAUCCGUGACCAGGGAGAAGAGUCGGUGGAGGAAGAUUGGAAGAAAUUCAAAGAUUAUCUACAGAAACACUGCAAAAUUAAAGAAUGCUAGAGUGAUGUUGGAUUGAAAAUAAGUGGUUUCCAGCUGUACAGGAUUUAAAGUUAUAGUUAGACUAAGAUUAAAGAUUAGGAUUAAAGAAGUUUAAGGAAAUGGAAAUUUGGUAUUUAAGAGGUAAAAUUUUAAUGCUAUAUUACAUUAAGAUUAAAGAUUGGGAUUAAAAAAGUGGAAAAGAAAUUGCUGGACAAACAAUUUGGACUGGAAUACAAAAGAGGGAGGUAUGAGGAAGUCCAGAAAAUAAGUAAAUUUAAAAACGGAAAUGAAAAGGUGAUAUUGUUUUUAAUUGUUCUGUUGCUUUUUUUGUUUUUUGUUCUCUGUGUUUUUUUUCUUUUUUUUCUUCUUCUGUGGAUUAUGUAUUGUGUAUUUGUGUAUUUCUUUUUUAUGUUUUUCUGUUUAAUCUUUUACUGAAACCUUAAUAAAAAUCAUUUAAAAAAAAUAAAAUAAAAAUAAACGACAACCCCCAAAACUUUUAAGAUCAUAGGCCAGCUUAAAUCCUCGCAGGGAGGACUGCCUUCGGGAACGGGAUAAGGUAGGGUUCAACAAACCCUCAAACCAUGGGACUAAUGUGUUCUAAAGUGGUUGUUGAGUUUUGCACUUCUUGUUCCUCCAUUAGAAAUCAAAGAGUUUAUUCCAAUGUCUUUUGUUUCAUUCCCUCCCCGCCCCCCAAACAGGUUGAAUCUAGACCUCUGCCUUGGCUCGUACUUUGACCGGAAGGGAGUUAGGAAGAAACACUGGAAUUGGUGGGACAAGAGCAGCCACAUCCAUGUACCUCCUUUCCAACCCAUCUACAUUCAAUUGAAUGUUUACAUCCAGGUUAAAAUUGAAGCCCAGGACCAGAUUUUCCUAACAUUUACUAAUAAUCACGACUGCCUUCAACUGAAUGUGGGUGCCAAGCUGAAAGUGAGUGCCUGUGGCAUUCUCAUUCACACACCUGUGGCGGGGAAUCUUAAGCUGUGCUCUCUCUGUUUGUCAGAAAUGUUUGCCAACUUUCGCUGAACUUCAAAUGUGGCUCGUGAACUGAAAUCCAAAGAAUUUUAGCAACGAGCCACUAUAACAAAGGCAGCAUUUUUCCAUCUCCGCCAAGCUAAGCAGUUGGCUCCUUACCUCUCUCGCCCUGACCUUGCCACUGUGAUCCACACAACGGUCACCUCCAGACUGGAUUAUUGUAACUCGCUCUACGUAGGGCUGCCCUUGAGACUGACCCAGAAACUCCAGCGGGUGCAGAAUGCUGCGGCGAGACUCCUUGCGAGGUCUUCGCUGCGAGAUCACAUUCAUCCGGUGCUAUACCAGCUGCACUGGCUCCCGGUGGAGUACAGGAUCAGGUUUAAGGUGCUGGUUUUAACCUUUAAAGCCCUAUACGGCCUAGGGCCCUCGUACCUAUGGGACCGCCUCUCCUGGUAUGCCCCACAGAGAAACUUACGGUCUUCAAAUAAAAACAUCUUGAAGGUCCCAGGCCACAGAGAGGUUAGGCUGGCCUCAACUAGAGCCAGGGCUUUUUCGGCUGUGGCUCCGAUCUGGUGGAACACUGUGUCCCAAGAGACCAGGGCCCUGCGGGACUUGACAUCUUUCCGCAGGGCCUGCAAGACAGAGCUGUUCCACCAGGCCUUUGGCCAGGGCACAGCCUGACUCCCUCCCUCGGCAAUCUUCGCGGAGCUCUGGCCCAAUGGUUGCCAGUGGGUUGAAUUAAUUAAUUUUAUAAUGAAUGAUUUUAGAGUGUUGUUUAUGCUGUACUUUUGUACUGUUUUAUUGUUGUUAGCCGCCCUGAGCCCGGCUUCGGCUGGGGAGGGCGGGAUAUAAAUAAAAUUUAUUAUUAUUAUUAUUAUUAUUAUUUUGGAGUUUAGCAAAAGUUGGCUAAAAAGCACCCCUCUUUAAGACUGUGCAAGUUCAUAACUGGAGGUAGAACCCACCCCUUCCUUUUAACAAAAACCCAAUACUUUUAUAUAGAUACGAUAAAAACACAGGAGGAGGGGAGGGAAAAAUAGAGAAGAUAAAAUAAAUAAAAAUCGAAAAGAUGGUAAAAAAGAAAAAUAGAAAAAUACGAUUCAGAUUUUUUUUAAUGCUUCCCUAAGUAAAAGCUUUACAUAAGAAAGUAAGAAUUUUCUUACCAUACGUUCCUCUUCUUGGGAAAAGCAGUAGGUAUUGUAGAUGUUUCAGUAUUACCCUCUAACCGGGAAAGGAGGCGAGGAAAGGCACUGCUAGCUAAACAACUUCACUGAGAGUUAAUCCAGAAGGUGGAAUAAGGUGGAUGGAUAUUAAGCCUAACCUAACUCAAGGGUUUGUGGUGGGGAUAACAUAGGAGGGAAAGAGACCCAUGAAUGUCAUUUUGGGCUCCUUACAGGAAAGGUGGAAUGGAUACGGAUGUGAUACUGAUAAAUAAGGAAUAAUCAAAAUAUGAAAUCUCUCUCCAGCCUGCCUGCCUCUGUUUUUUUAACUGGGGGAAGGGAGCCAGGUGUGGACUCAAGAAAAAAAGCCCAAGCUAAAUUAGUAAAUUAGACGCAAACUGGAUAUUCAGGCCUCCAAACAUUGAACUUUAUAUGUAAGUCCCUAGUUCUUUCUAGGCAGGGAAGUGCAUGUUGCAAGUAAAAAAGGCUUAAAUCCUUCUUCCUUGUCAUAAGCCAGGACUGGACUGAAGAAAAGAGGAGCUGCUCCUUUGUGCAGCUGUAUCACAUGAUGCCUUUCCUUCCCCAGAAUGUCAUCCUGGUUAAACAUGAAUGUCCCUCCAGCUGAAACCAGAUCCAAAGCUUCUAAACUCUCUUGCACUGAACCGGACCUUGCAUUUCUAGCAAAGGAGACCCGGAAAGCACCUUCAUACUUGCAGCCUUUACUCAAAAUUAUGAUGAAAGCUGACAUGACAAAAUAUAUCUAGCCCUUUUACAUCACAUUCUGUACUUAUGACUUUCAUAAGUGAACAGAGGAAUCUACAUUCAGAAUCUUCCCCCUCUUUUAGAAUCGUACAAGGCUCUUAAUCCAGGAGUGUUUCCAGAACAAAAUACAGUCGUACCCCCACUUAUGUUUCUCUCCGAUUAUGUAAACUUCGGGAUCGUAAGCGGCAAACCUGGCAGUAUAUUUCCGGGUUUUUGCCACGCGCGCGUACGCAAAGCGGUAGAGUGCUUCUACCGCUGAGCUUGUGUGCACAGAAGCGGUCUCUCCAGUUGCGAAAACCUCGGGAUCCGGCCAGACCUUUGGAAUGGAUCCUGUCCGCAACUGGAAGUACCACUGUAUAGUAGUGGACUCUGCCUAGAAUCUCUAUGUAAGUACAGUCUUGGUUUUUCCAGUUUGUGGACCUUAAAUUUGGAUUUUUGUAGCCGAAAGAUCCAGACAUGCUGAAGUUUCUUCGGAGACCUGCAUCCUCAGGACAGCUAGUGGGCUCCGAGAUUCUACUGAUAAGAAGGCUCUCAGCCAGCAUGCAGAAUCUACUGAAAGAGCUGUGUCGCGUUCCACCUGAAGAAACCAAAUACUUCUAUUUCCUCGUGUCAGACAUGUAUGACCAUGUACAUCGCCGACAGAAAAUGAGAAUUCGAUCUAUACAAAGAUGA